GGCACUCAGCGGGGGGCACGUCUCCUCUCGCUUGCCUUCACCACCCCAUCUCUGCAUCCAACACCCCUCUCUCAGAACCGUGUUGGCCGUCAUGAUAUCCCUAUAAACAGCAUAAUAACUCAGAGCCUUCAUUCGACGCCUGCGAACGUCUUCCCAUCACAUUCCGACACUCUCGACAUCGCACACACACGCACACUGCUUAUUCCAGACGCAUCUCCACGCACGAUUCCACGCACUCUCAAUACGGCCAUGGCAGAUACAACAGCGAGCACUGAAGCGCCCCAAGCCGACGGCGAGGGACCAGAGGGCUCAGAUAAACCGCCGCAUGGUGACAUACGUACAGACAAACCACGCAGCCGUAGCUUCAUGUCGAGGCGGUUUUCAAACGGAACCAAGCACGCGUCGACAAAGCCUACGCCCAUGGCCACAGCCGCGCAGCUACCAACAACGACGCCGGCCACGGGCCACGUCCCCCUCCCACCCCCCGACUCAUAUAGCUACCCUAAGUCCCCCGAGCGUACACGUCGCGACCUACAACAGUUCGAGCUCGGCCAGCAGCUCGAGAAGCUUAGCAUGAACGGCGGCGUCGCUCCGAUGGACAAGGAGGCUUCGUCAGCAACGACCGGCUCGAUCACGCCGUCUACCAGCGAGUCGCCCUCUGCCUCGGAAAGCGAGAGCUGGAGCUUGCCCUCCACACAGCCGCCGAGCCGAGCCCCGAGCUUCUCCGCCGGUAAAGCUGGGGGAAGGGUUUCGCUUGACAAGGGCGAACAUCGCGACCCUGAGCCUCAGCCGCUCAAGAAGUCACCCACUAAGACCUCCAUCAAGAGCAAGGAGAGUAGCAAGACACCGACUGGCCGCAAGAUCUCUCCCACCCCUUCGCGCGAAAGUACGAAGGAGGGAAAGAGCCGCCCGCCGUCCGUCCACUCCGACUCCGGUCAGAAGUUCACUCUCAAGGACCUUCUCGGUGCGCCUAAACUUGUGCGGAGAUCGUCGGCACGUUCGACUGGCAGCAGCAAGAGGUCGGGCGGGUCGGAUGGAGGGCGGUCCGUGGCUGGGGAUAGUACAGCGAGUUUAUUGAAGAAGUACGGCGUAUGCGAGAAGGUGGCUAUCGGCAGAGGUGCGACGUCCGUUGUCCGACUGGCUCACAAGUGGGACCGAUCAGAAGAGAAGCUAUACGCUGUGAAGGAAUUUAGGAAGAGGCGGAAGAACGAGACAGAGAAGGAGUACGUCAAGAAGCUCACAGCCGAGUUCUGCAUUUCCUCGACCCUUCAUCACAUCAACAUCGUCGAGACCGUCGAUCUCGUACAGGAUGAGAGCAACCACUGGUGCGAAGUCAUGGAGUUCUGCCCAGGCGGCGACCUUUACGCCGCCAUCAAGCGCGGCGGCAUGUCUCCUGCGGAGGUCGAGUGCUGCUUCAAACAGAUUCUCACUGGUGUGCACUAUCUGCAUAGCCAGGGUGUUGCCCACCGUGACAUCAAGCCUGAGAAUCUUUUCUUUGACACAAAGGGCCAUCUCAAGAUCGGAGACUACGGAGCAUCCACCGUGUAUCGCUUACCGUGGGAGACGACGAUACACAUGUCCACAGGGCUGUGCGGAAGCGAACCGUACAUAGCUCCGGAGCAGUUUUUGGGCAAACCAUACGAUGCCCGCUUGGUCGACAUUUGGGCCUGUGGUAUUGUGUACUAUUGUCUGCACUUCCAGGAGCUUCCGUGGACCGUGGCGCAACCGACCGACGCCCUUUUCGCGGGAUACGUUCAAGCGUGCCAGUCAACCGUAUCGGCGCAGUCGCAGUGUCCGCCGACAAUAAACAAUUUGUCGCCGCGCCCGUGUCGCCCUCUGAUUCGGAAGAUGCUCGAGCCGAACCCUAAGCUCCGGUGUAGCAUCGAUGACGCGAUCAAUCAUCAGUGGGUGCAGAGCAUCGAGGUUUGCUACCUCUGCGAGAAGCCGUCGCACAAGCAUGUUUACGCGCAGUCAAUGGCCGAGUCGCAUGUGCAUAUCGUUGGGUCAUAGCCUAUGUGGCAGGUGUUCACUUCGGACCCGGCUCAGACUCUCUGGCGUCCCGCUCAUAUGCACGCGCAUCGUUGGAGCUCUAUAUUGUUGUAAUACCUCUUGGCGACGGCUGUUUCUUCGCUCCUAUUAGCUCAUACUCAAUUAACUGUGUCGUCUUUACUUUCACAUCCGCUGCUUUUUAUUAUCUCUCAUCUCUCAUCGCUGUUUCUCGUUUUACGUUCGCACUCACGUCAAUGUAGAUGUACUACUUCGCCUAGUUUGUAGGGUGGCACGUUUUGGCUUGCUCUAUACGCUCUGGA